GAUUCUAACCUUUUAAUUAAAAUGGACGUACAUUUUUUUGUUGUAAAUAGUGAGGUGUGAAAUAAUAAAACGGAUGUAAAUUGUAAAAUAAGAGAAAAUGUCGACAACGGCUUUGCAACAAUUUGUUGCAAACCUAAAAUCGCGACAUGAGCACGUUAGAUACAAAGCAGUGAACGACCUCUCCCUAUAUGUGAAGAGCGAACUUAGGGAAGCCACUGCAGAUGAAAUUAACAACUUUUUAGAUGAGUUUAACCACCAUAUAUUCGAAAUGGUUAACAGCAAUGACGUUAACGAGAAAAAGGGUGGUAUUUUGGCUAUUGUAUGCCUCAUCGGCACAGAUGUUGGUAAUAUGACAUCUAGAAUUAGUAGAUUCGCUAACUACUUAAGGAAUCUACUACCUAACAAUGAUGUUGGAAUAAUGGAACUUGUUGCUAAGGCUAUGGGCCACUUAGCCUUUGUUUCUGGAUCUAAAGCUUCUGAAUAUGUGGAGUUCGAAGUUAAAAGGGCUUUUGAGUGGUUACAAAAGGAUAAAACAGAUAGCAAAAGACAUGCUGCUGUGUUAGUUCUGAAAGAACUCGCUAUCACUAUGCCAACAUAUUUUUACCAACAAGUAUCUCAAUUUUUUGAGUUAAUAACAAAUGCCAUUCAAGAUCCGAAAGUAGCUAUCAGAGAGGGUGCCGUGGAGGCUCUAAGAGCUGCAUUGGUAGUUACUGCCCAAAGAGAGGUUGGCAAAGUUACUUGGUACAAACUAUGUUAUGAAGAAUCCGGUACACUUCUGCUUGCUGACAAAGGAGAGAGAAUAAGAGACGAAAGCGUACAUGCAUUUCUAUUAAUACAAAACGAACUGCUUCGCUUAGCGAACGCCUCAUGGGAGCGCAAAUACACUUCCCUUUUGGAAAAAACUGAAAUGAGACGUUCCAACGAUCAAGAAACUUUUAAUUUUAAUCGACCGCUGUUCAUGUAUCCCACGCCAAAUAAGAAAAGCGCAAAUUAUCAAAUUUUAGCAGCUAUACAACCGGAAAAGCCUAUUAUUAUUGAAUCGUCGGCUUGCCAUCAACUUAUACUGGAGAAGUUUCCAUACUUAUGUAUUGAUGUUAUGCAACAAAAAUUUUCUAGGUAUACUUAUGUUCAGCAAACAUUAUUGAAUAUUUUACCUCGACUCGCAGCUUUUGAUAGGAAAGAUUUUGUAGAAAAACAUUUACCUGGUGCUAUGACUUAUCUGUUUAACAUGUUAAAGAGCAGGGACAAGGAGAGAAAUAUGGCCUUUAUUGCAGUUGGUUUGAUUGCAGUUGCUGUAGAAGAAGAUAUAGAACCCUACGUAGACAAAAUAAUGGAUCUUAUUAAAGGAGCACUUCCGAGAAGUGAAAUGACCUUGAAGAAACGUCCGAAUAUCGACCCUUGCGUGUUUAAAUGUAUAACAUUCCUUGCUUUGUCUCUCAAUAGUCACGACAAAAUGGAUAUUCCAAUUAUUUUGGAACAGAUGUUGGCAACUGGAUUGUCGUCAUCUCUUACCAUUUGUUUGAGAGAGCUUGCCAAAAGUGUCCCUGCUCACAAGGAAAAAAUUAGCCUAGGAUUGCUGAAGAUGUUAUCACAAAUUUUGCUAAAUAAACCGUUAAUUCAUCCUGGCACUCCACGUCAUUUAACUACAAAUUUGAUGCCAUUGACUGGCUCAUAUGACUCGUAUGAUACUCAAAUAAUUGUUCUAGCGCUUCACACUUUAGGAACGUUUGACUUCGAAGGUCAACGACUUUUGCCAUUUGUUCAACGUUGUGCAAAUCACUUCCUUGUGCACGAACAGACUGAGAUAAGGCUUGAAGCAGUGAAAACCACAUGCAGGCUACUACGUCAUGCAAUCAGAAGCACAACCAAAAAUCCAUCCGAAACCGUUACCAAGACAGUUGCAUCAGUUCUAAAUAGGCUGUUAAGUGUUGGCUUAAUUGAUAUGGAAGCUACAGUACGUCGGGGGGUUUUGAUGUCACUCGAUCCUACUUUUGAUCAUCAUUUAGCUCAAGCAGAAUCGUUAGGGGCUCUGUUUAUAGCUCUACAAGAUGAAGUGUUUGAAAUCAGAGAAGUGGCGUUAUUUACCAUUGGUCGUUUGAGCUGUAUGAACCCUGCUUAUGUUAUGCCAAGUUUAAGAAAAGUUCUAGUGCAAUUGCUGACAGAACUUGAACAUUCUGGAAUAGGAAGAAAUAAAGAACAAGGAGCUAGGAUGUUGGAUCACCUGGUUGUUAGCGCACCAAGACUGAUUAGGCCAUAUAUGGAACCGAUCUUGAAGGUUUUGGUGCCAAAAUUGAAAGAGUCUGAACCGAACCCUGGUGUGAUCCUCUCUGUUUUGCUCACCAUUGGAGAUUUAGCGGAAGUUACAGGCGGAGACUCAGAAUUGCAGCAGUGGAUGCACGAACUUAUGCAGAUUUUAUUGGACAUCCUCGGAGAUUCUUCUUCGCCGGAUAAAAGAUCAGCAGCUUUAUGUACUCUUGGACAGUUAGUAGGUGCUACGGGACACCUUGUUAAUCCAUAUAAUCAAUACCCGAUGCUACUAGAUGUUCUGAUCAAUUUUUUAAAAACUGAGCAACAAUCUUCUAUUCGAAGAGAAACUAUUAGAGUUUUAGGAUUAUUAGGUGCCUUGGAUCCGUAUAAACACAAAAUAAACCGUGGUCAAAUCGACUACCAACCAGAAGCUCCAAUGCUUAUAGCGAUGUCAGACAAAGCAGUAGGGGAGACAGAAGGUGAUUUCGGAUUGAACUCUAGCGAAAUGCUUGUUAGUAUGAGUUCACAUACGCUGGAGGAGUACUACUUGGCAAUGGCAAUAGCAACACUGAUGAAGAUUAUAAGAGAUCCAGCGUUGAGUCAGCAUCAUACGAUGGUCGUUCAAGCAGUGACGUUCACAUUUAAAAGUUUAGGGAUCAAGUGUGUGCCUUAUAUUUCACAGGUUCUUCCCAGUUUAUUAAACGUAGUUAGAACCGCCGAUGUGAAGUUUAGAGAUUUUCUUUUCCAACAGUUAGCAGAACUAGUAGCCAUCGUGAAACAACAUAUUCGUAAUUAUUUGGAUGAUAUCUGUGAUUUGAUUAAAGAAUUUUGGAUACCAAAUAGUUCUAUCCAAAGCACUAUUAUUCUGUUAUUAGAACAUAUUGCAGUAGCGUUAGGAGCCGAAUUUAAGGUUUAUCUACCUCGACUAGUUCCUCAAAUUUUGAGAGUGUUAAAUCAUGACACCUCGAAGGACAAGCAAUAUACAUUGAAACUGUUAGAAGCAAUGCACAAAUUUGGAAAUAAUUUAGAAGAUUAUAUGCAUUUGUUGUUACCACCUAUAGUUAGAUUAUUUGAUGCUCCAGACUGUCCUUUAGCUGUUCAAAAGCAAGCUUUAGAAACGAUUGAUCAGUUGGCAGAAAUUCUGGACUUUUCUGAUUUUAUUUCUAGAAUUCUUCAUCCAUUAAUGAGGACUAUUGACAAUUGUCCUGACCUACGAAGCACUGCCAUUGAGUGUUUAUGCACGUUAGUAAUGCAGUUGGGCCGCAAAUUCUGCAUAUUUAUUCCGAUGGUGCAAAAAGUCUUAAAUAAACAUCGAAUUCAAAACAGAAAACUGGAAAUUCUGUUCUCAAAGAUUCAAACCGACACUACAAUGUCCGAUGAAACGGAUUUGGGCAUCAGAAGAAGCAAGGGAAGGAAUAAAGGUAGAGAUGAUGCUCCUGUUGGUAACGAUUCUGCAAUUAGUCAACGCUUGAAGGUUUCUGUUAAAAAUCUUCAACAAGCUUGGACUCCGAGUAGACGUGUUUCUAAGGAUGACUGGUUAGAAUGGUUGCGUUGCCUUAGCUUAGAACUACUAAAACAAUCUCCAAUUCCCGCUUUACGUUCCUGCCUUCCUUUGGCCCAGACUUACUCUCAAUUGCCGAAAGAUUUGUUCAACGCCGCUUUCGUGAGUUGUUGGACCGAAUUAAGCGAAGAUAAGCAGAAAAGUUUAAUGAAUGGAUUGGAACUAGCACUUGCAGUUCCCGAUGUACCGGAAAUUACUCAGACUAUCCUGAAUUUAGCGGAAUUCAUGGAACACUGUGAUAAAGGACCCUUGCCGUUAGAUCCACAUCUGUUAGGUGAACAUGCCAUGCUGUGCAGGGCAUAUGCCAAAGCUUUACAUUAUAAAGAAGAAGAAUUCCAAAGAAACGGAGGUAACAAUGACCAUGUCGUCGAGUCGUUGAUCUCGAUCAACAACAAACUUCAACAGAAAGAAGCCGCUGAAGGUCUUUUACAAUAUGUAUUACAUCGUUCCGGUGAUGUUCAGGUUAAAGUGGGUUGGUACGAGAAACUACAUAACUGGGACAAGGCAUUGGGAAUGUACAAGGAGAAGCUGGAAGUUGAUGGGACGGAUCAGGAACUUUGUUUAGGACAAAUGAGGUGCUUAGAAGCAUUGGGAGAAUGGUCGGGUUUGCACGAUUUCGUUGAAACAAAGUACAAUAUUCUCACAGAUAACUUCAAAAACAAAGCUUGCAGGUUGGCCGCUGCUUCAGCUUUUGGCCUUCAUAAUUGGGGAUCUCUAGAGCAUUACGUUAAAGUGAUUCCACAAGAUUCACAAGACGGAGCGUUUUACCGAGCUAUUUUGGCCAUUCACAACGAACAGUACAGAGUCGCACAAGAUUAUAUUUAUACCGCUCGUGAUAUGCUAGAUAAAGAACUAACUGCCAUGGCUGGUGAGAGCUAUCAAAGAGCUUAUGGAGCUAUGGUACAAGUACAGAUCCUAAGUGAACUUGAAGAGGUAAUGCAAUAUAAAUUAGUACCUGAACGCCGUCCCACCAUAAAGGCCCUCUGGUGGCAAAGACUACAAGCAGGUCAAAGAUUGGUCGAAGACUGGCAACGUAUAAUCCAAGUACAUUCUCUUGUUCUUGAACCAUAUGAAGAUAUCCAUACGUGGCUAAAAUAUGCUGCUUUGUGUAGGAAAAAUGGCUCUGUGCGUCUCUCCCACAAAACUCUAGUAAUGUUGUUAGGCUACGAUCCUGAAGAAAAUCCUCAGUUGCAGCUACCGGUAACAUGCCCGCAUGUAACAUUUGCCUAUACGAAGCAUUUGUGGGCUAUAGAACAGAAACAAAGGGCAUUCAACCAACUUGAGCUUUUCUUAAACGACCAAGCUCAACAUCCCUCAGAAUCAAAUAUGACGCAUGAAGAACGACAAGCAUUAUUGGCAAGAUGUUACUUGAAAUUGGGAACAUGGCAAGAAGCUCUUGAAGGCCUAACAGAAAGAUCAGUGCCGACUAUUUUAGCAUGUUACCAAAAAGCAACAGAAUAUGACAAGGACUGGUAUAAGGCGUGGCACAAUUGGGCUUACAUGAACUUCGAAGCGGUUUUGUUCUACAAAAACGUAGAAGAUACAGAAAAAAGUAAAGGCGAUAGGUCAAACAGUGACCCUGACAGAUUUGACUCGAACAAACACACCGUAUUAGCCGUACAAGGUUUUUUCAAGUCAAUACAUCUAUCACAAGGAAGUUCGCUUCAAGACACCCUACGUCUUUUAACUUUAUGGUUCGAUUACGGACAGACUGCUCAAGUAUCUGAAGCAAUAGCCGAGGGUAUUCGACUGGUGGAGAAAAAUACCUGGUUGCAAGUUAUUCCACAAUUAAUAGCCCGUAUAGAUACAAAUCGUUUAUUGGUUUCCAAAUUGAUAAAUCACCUUUUAGUGGAUAUCGGCAAAACUCAUCCGCAGGCGUUGGUGUAUCCACUGACGGUAGCCACAAAAAGUAACUCAAGUGUUAGGAGAACUGCAGCUAAUAAAAUUUUGAAAAGCAUGAGUGAACAUUCUCCAACUCUAGUCAGACAAGCGCUAAUGGCAUCGGAAGAGUUGAUUAGGGUGGCCAUAUUAUGGCAUGAAAUUUGGCACGAAGGUUUGGAAGAAGCUUCACGGCUUUACUUUGGAGAACGAAAUGUGGAGGGAAUGUUGAGGAUAUUAGAGCCUCUUCAUACAAUGAUGCAUAGAGGUGCAGAGACGUUGAAAGAAACAAGCUUCACUCAAGCUUAUGGAAGAGAUUUGGGCGAAGCAUAUGAAUGGUGUCAAAAAUACAGGAUAUCUGGUAACAUUCGUGACUUAAAUCAGGCUUGGGACUUGUACUACCAUGUGUUCAGAAGAAUAUCUAGGCAAUUACCGCAAUUGACAUCUUUAGAACUACAGUACGUCUCUCCGAACCUGCUGGUAUGCCAAGAUUUGGAACUAGCGGUGCCUGGUAGUUAUUCCCCGGGUCAAAAUAUCGUCAGAAUUGCAUAUUUCAAUAAAUCAUUGGAGGUGAUCACAUCUAAGCAACGUCCACGAAAGCUUGUAAUACGUGGCAGCAACGGAAAAGACUACAUGUUCCUUCUCAAAGGACACGAAGAUUUAAGACAAGAUGAGCGAGUAAUGCAAUUGUUCGGUUUGGUUAAUACGCUACUGUUGAAAGAUCCUGAUACCUUUCGACGAAAUUUAACCAUUCAACGGUAUGCCGUUAUACCGCUCAGUACUAAUUCUGGUCUUAUUGGCUGGGUACCUCACUGUGAUACAUUACACACUCUCAUUAGAGAAUACAGAGACAAGAAGAAAAUUCUGUUGAACAUCGAGCACAGGAUAAUGUUGAGGAUGGCAGCAGAUUAUGAUCAUUUGACGGUUAUGCAGAAAGUAGAAGUUUUCGAACAUGCUCUUGAACAUACACACGGUGACGAUUUGGCUAAGUUAUUAUGGCUAAAGAGUCCUUCCUCGGAAGUAUGGUUUGAUCGCAGAACAAAUUAUACUAGAUCUUUGGCUGUGAUGUCCAUUGUAGGUUAUAUAUUAGGAUUAGGUGAUAGACAUCCAAGCAAUCUUAUGCUUGACAGAUUGAGUGGAAAGAUCCUUCACAUUGAUUUUGGAGAUUGUUUCGAAGUGGCAAUGACGAGAGAGAAAUUCCCAGAAAAGAUUCCCUUCAGACUGACUCGUAUGCUCAUCAACGCUAUGGAAGUAACUGGUAUAGACGGAACCUAUCGCAGAACCUGUGAAUCUGUGAUGUCAGUGUUACACCGAAAUAAAGAUAGUCUUAUGGCUGUUUUGGAAGCUUUCGUUUAUGAUCCAUUGUUAAACUGGAGGUUGAUGGAUACUACCAUGAGAAAUAAAUCAACCACGGGAGAAAUUGGAUCAUUUUCAACAGGUACCUCACAAGACCAAGAUCUAGUAGAGUCUCUAAGUAUGACCAUCAACAAGAAAAAUCUUUUGGCAGACGUUUUAAGCGAAGGAUCGCAACCAGAAGGAGUGAACAAAAAAGCUGUGGCUAUCAUCAACCGAGUUCGAGAUAAAUUAACGGGUAACGAUUUCAGCGCUGAAGAAUCCCUGACAAUUGAAAAGCAAGUGGAUCUCCUCAUUCAGCAGGCCACUAGUAACGAGAAUUUAUGUCAGUGCUAUAUUGGUUGGUGUCCUUUUUGGUAAUAUUUGUGUUCAGUAGGUUAGAGCACAGAAGAAACGGUUUAGUCAAUGACAUUUUGUUUGAUAUAUUUCACCAUUGAAAGCAGCAAUGUUGUACCAAAGGAUUAUGCAAUAUUUUGUAUAAUAAUUAUAAAUAUUAAAUCAGAAGAAACAUUGCGGGAUCUUGCGUGAACAGUUUUACACUUCUCCAGUUGUCUGCUUAAACAUCCUAUUCAUACGGUAGUUGAAGGAUUGUAGAAAUAUUCCAGUAUAAUCAUUUUUUAUUAUUUUUCAUUUUACAAAGUAGUAAAAAUCGUCCCUGUUGAAUUUCAAACGUUUCUGUUACAGUAAAAUAGAAAACACUUUGAAUUGAAAAAGCUGAAACAAUAAUUGAUAAUUACGAUGAUUGUUCAAUUGAAACUCAUCUUUGCUCCUUUACUCAUCAAUUGAAAAAAAAAUUGGUAUUAUACAGGGUGUCCCCGAAAAUAGUGCGUUCCUUUAAGGUAUGAUGUAAUACACAAUUUAGAACAAAAAAGUUCUAUAGCAUUUUUUUCUGAAAUUAACCGUUUCCAAGAAAAAAAUUACAUUGUUCUCCAUAUAAGGGAAUUUUUAUUUUUAUAAAUUUGAAUGACAUGGCAACGUAGCCUAGAAGAACCUGCUGUGACUGUGGAAAUUUAACCUAAUAACGCCUUGUUUAUUUACUUUGAGGUGUGAUUUUUGGGGUUGUUGACAUACCUGCAAAAUAAUGGAUAUGGGGUUGGUUGAUAUUUACAUUAUUUUACCUACCAGAUGCAACUGACCUACAAACCUACUUUUUUUAUCUUUAGAUUUUUGAGUUGCGCGUUGUUGCCAGACUUCAAUUUGCAUAUCAAAAUGUAUUUUCGUUUUUUGGUCAAACGGAUAAGUUUAGAAAAAAAUGUUAUAAGCCUUUUUCGCUCUACAUUGUGCCUUCUACCUAUACCUUUAAGGAACGCACUAUUUUCGGGGUCACCCUAUAUAUCUUUAAAUGAUUACCACUACAAUGAAAGUAGAAUCCCAUUGUUUCACCAACCGAUGUAAACCCUACUUACAGAAUUCUUGUGGCUGACACUCGAAGACUUCUUUUACAGCAUUUUGUCUGACUGAAAACGAUUACCUUUUAGCUCCUUUUUCAGUGCCCCAAAGAUGUGAAAAUCACAUAGUCAUAAAUCGGGACUAUAGAGUGGAUACUCAGUGGCGUAGCGUGUCGGCUGCCCGGGGCGGAAGACAAUUUUGCCGUCCUCUUAUUUAGGUAUUUUAAUUUAAUGUAUACUAUACAUUACAUUCAUUAAUUAUAGAGAACUUUUCGGCGAGAACAGUCAGCAUUAUUUUGCAUUAUACAGGUUAAAUUUUAAAUAAAAAACUUUAUCUAAGUUUUACAAUCACGUUUAUUAAUACAAAAAUUCGUUUGUUUUUUUUUAAUGGCAUGGACUUUAUGUCAUUCAGCCAGUCAAAACAUGAAGUACUUAGUGUCAUGUGUAGUGUGUGUUCAGUAAGUGUCUUGUUACUUUGCAAAGUCGACAUCAUUGUCUUUGCAAAGAGACGUUAAUUGUAUCCGAACGUCUGCGGUCCCUCCGUUGAGUACCGAUCCCACAAGGAUAGAAACCAUAUUCAUUUAUUAAUUUAUAAUAAAGAAAAAUUCCUGACCCUGGUGAGAUUCGAACCCACGACCAUUCGGACCUUUCGAUCCAGAGGUAGGCGCUCUUACCACUGAGCCACAGAGGGGGUUUUCUUUUGCUUUAACAAAUUAGAUAAUACAUUGAUAUAACUUAAGUAUCUAUCACUUAGAUUAGGUACACCUUAACGAUCGACAAGAUUAAAUAAAAUCAAUUUUUAAUUAGAACUAGAACGAUACUAUAAUGUUAUAUUUUCCGUCAAAAACAAAACUUCCGUCUUCAAUUAAAAAUUUAUACGUCUACUUUUUUUAAGAGAAAAGUCUUUUAUAGCGCCGUCAAUGUCUAUCGCAUCACACACCUUCUUGCUCAACAGACAAAAUAGCCAAAUUACAUAGUUAUUCUUAGAGUACUAAUUGUCGAUCUUAAAUAAUUUUUAAUCAAUUUCAAUUUUGAAAAACUUCUCUCACAGCUGGCAUUGCUAAUAGCCACUGUGAAAAAUAUUCGGAACAUUAUUAAAAUAUUGGGCAGAGUAUCUUCCAGCUUGGAUUUAACAAUAAAUUUAAAUGAUUCAAGUAAGUCUGCAUUAAUCAAUUUAUUUUCGUUGCCUGUAGCAGCAACGAAAGUCCGCAGUCGAAGUCUUUCCAGCUUGAAAUCCUGCUCGUCUAUUUCGUCAGAUGCGUAGUCUAGAUUACAUUCAGUGUUGUCUGGAUCUAAUAAUAUAGCCGGCGUUAGAUUAGCAAACUUAUCCGUUAAAUUCUGUAACUGUUGAAAAUGCUCAUGAAUUUCUACAAUAACUUUAUCUAACGAAGAAAACAGCUUUCGUCUUAACUCAUUUUCACAAGACAAGUUAGCGUCUCUAGUUCCGUCAUCAAAAAUAUGCUUUGUGUUAUGCGCCUACGAGGUUUUAUGGAAAUUCCAAGUUCUUCACACUUCACACAUAUUUUUUGCAUAACCUACAGCGCCAUUUGCCUAUUCCUCUCUUUUCUCUGUCAAUAUCAUCUGCAAAGUAUUUAUUUUCUGAGCGCAUAAUCUUAUGUCAGGUCAAGUUUGCAAAUAUUUUUGUGCAUCAUUCACUUCAUGUAGCACCGGUUGACACAGGCCCAAAAAACAAAGAAAGGAAAUGACUGCAUCGAAACUAGUAAAGCACCUGCAUCUCUCCUAGUGUUUAAGCUUUCACCUGCCUCUGCCAGUUUUUCCAAAGUAACGAGAAUGUCUUUGUAAUGAUGCCAUGUCACAUUUACGGCAUCGCCUCUUGCACUCCAUCGCAUGUCUUGAAUCCUUUUUGUCUGUAGCUGCUCUCAGAACUUCCCAACUAUGUGUCGAUGAUAAAAAAAAAGAAUAGCAACGUUCUAAAGUGCCAAAAAAAAGUUACUGAAUCCACCUCAACUGAGGCAGCGUGUAAACAAACUAGAUUUAACGAAUGAUUUGAGCAAGGUACGAAUUCAGCUUUAGGAUUUAUUUCUUGAAUUCUUUGCUGAACUCCUGAAUACUUUCCAGCCAUAACAGAAGCAUUAUUAUAUGCUUGGCCUCUACAGUUGCAUAUAUCUGGACCAUCAGCUUGAAUCGUGUCCAAAAUCUUUGAAAUUCCUUCAGCAGUUUUGUUUUUAGUUUCAAUGAAAUCUAUAAAAGAUUCCAUUACUUUUACCUCCUGAUUUCCAAUUACUACGUAUCUUAAUAACAGACUUGUUUGAUCUGUAUGAGAAAGAUCUGGAGUGCUGUCGAAUAUAAUUGAACAAUACUUUGCCUUUUUUAUUUUUCCGAUGAUAUGUUGGCGAACAUUAUUUCCCAAAAUGGCAAUAAAUUCGUUUUGUAUUUUUGUGGUGACAUAUAAGUGAUUGAAAUUUUGCCACACAUUUUGAACUUAGACCUUACAAGAUGUUGACGAAGUACAGGAUCGUAUUUUGCAAUUAAAUUAACCAAUUCUAAAAAGUUUCCUCUAUUGUACUGGUGUCGUUUUCUCUAUGUCCACGUAAAGCCAAAUUUUGUUUGGCAAGGAAUCUUAUAAUAUCAAACAUUCUGAUAAGAAUUUCCUGCCAUUUCUUUUGCCACUAUGUCUUGCUCUUUUUUUGUCAAUAGUCUGUCCUUUUUGAAGUCUGCUCUCCAACUUCUUCCAUUUGCAAUAAUUUUGGAUGUGUAGUGCACUUGAUUCGUGACUUGAAACCUUAGGAUUUAAUUUCCACCAAGUAUUAAAUCCAUCAGAUCAGCAAAAUUUAGAUCCAUUUGGUGUAAUUUACGUUCUCCAAUAAACGACAACAAAAGCAAAAUAAUGAUGCUUUAGAUGGAGAAUAAACAAUUAAGCGUUUUCUGUGUUCCACACACUGAAUAUCGUAUAGUAUAGGAUAGUAAAAUAAUUGCCGAUGUAUGUAAUAGAAGUCAUUCUAGCUGAUUGUUAGUUAUAAACGGGGAAUUCCCCCAAGUCAGUAUAGACGUUGUUGCCAGUCGCUACAAAAUAUCAUUCAAAGAAAAGGAAUUCACCGAAUUCGUCACAAAAUAAGUAAUGAAAAAUUCCAUGCUCUUUUCAAUCGGUCCGAAUUUGUAGUUGCGAUAAAAAUAUUAAAUGGUUGAAAUAUUUACAAAAUAUUUUUAUUAUUUAUUGUUAAAUUUUGCCGCCCCCUAAAAAGUGCCGCCCGGGGCGGGUCGCCCCUGCCGCCCCCACUACGCUACGCCACUGGAUACUCUUAAUAUCCUCCAUCUCCUUCGUUGUAAAUUUUCUUUCACUACUUUGACAACAUGAGGUAGAUCAUUGCCGUGCAGAAGAAUGACACCAUGUGAGAGCUUUUCUGGACAGCACACUGAAUGACCCGCACGCUGAUUAUAUUUGGAGAGAUUGUUAACAACAAACGCCAUUUUUAAGUCACGUUACUUAAUUAAUAUCACAAUCAAAGACAACUGAUAGGAAAUGAUUAGUGUGACUUAGAAAAAAGUAACUGACAUUACAGAGUGUCAGUUGAGUGACUGCAAUUACUUCCGAGGCUAACCUGACCAAAGAUGCUUUUAAAUUGAGCAAGGGUAUAUAUUUGCUGAUUAUUUCUACAAACUAUAAAUCGCUCAAUAGCAUAUUAUCAGUUUGCUAACUUCUUCUUUUAUCGCUGUUUCACAAUAGGGCCGACUAUACAAUUACCAGUGUUGGAGUGGUGUGGUUAUAUAGUAAAAUAAAUUUGUUAUAUACAAAACUUUUUAAUCAAAAAAUAAUGCGAAGUUUUUUGGUACACUGGUAUUCCUUAUAGCCUUUGAUUGAAAAUGCAUUUUUGUUUAUUGAGCUAUUGUCAAGCAAAGCAAUUGGUAAUUACAUUUAUAAUUUAUAAUAUAAGCAUUUAUAAUAAUUACAGCUAUUUUGUCAAUAAGAAAUGCGACCAGAUUUUUAACUGUUCCAAAAUGAUCAGUAUAUGAAAUUCAUGACGAAAAAAGAAGUUUAAGUUUAAAUAUUUUGACUACGGACAGUAAAGUGAUAGAAAUUUUCAGGGGUUAAUAAUGCAGUUUUUUUUAAGAAAUUGCUGAUUUCUAUUCUUGAAGUCCAACUUUGGUUCAACUAUUUGAUUAGUAAUGGGGACAUUCUUGAUGGGUGGCUUUGGUGUUCCCUAAAUUUACUCGAAGUGUUGGCUUGCUUUAGCGGCCGGUGUUUGUAAUCUUCUUCUUGACUGAAAAAAAAUGGCUUAUUAUAUUUGGCCUCAAAAAAUACUGUCUUUAACACUUCCAUUACCUGUAGAUCUGCUUCCAAAUCAUCCAGGAAGCCUUGCGCCGUGCAACGAGGGAUCCAUUGAAUUGCCAUCUACAAUCACUCCACUCAAUUUUUCUGACUUCCCCCUAUUUUAUCGUCUCCCUCCCAUUUUACAUUUACAUAGUUUCUAAUAAAGCAGUUUUUGGAAAGUUCGAAAAUGUUUAUUUGUUUCGAGAAUCUUAACAUUAAUAAUUAUGAUUAUGAUAAUUGACUAUAUAUUAUUUAUAAAGUUUUUUGCUUUGUUUUUUUAUUAAUCGUACUAUUAUUACUAUUACAAAUGCUAAUUGAUUUGCUUGACUAAUUCAUUCAUUUCAAGUUGGGGAAAGUAUUAAGCCACAAUUUUUGAUUUAAUAUAUUUCAAUUUUCUAGGGUAAACACAAACAGGAGCUUGAAUUGGUAUGACAAAAUUGUAUAAUGAUUUUUUUAAUAAAUUUUUAUCAAUAUCAACAUGUGUAAGAAAUCAAAGAUUACUUCAGCACAAACAACUUUUUUACUUGAGGCUCGACCUUUCCUAGUCUGUUUCAUCAAUUCUAUCCAUAGCAAUCCUUGUGAAUUAUGUUAUUAAUCAUGUAUAAACAUUUUCAAUUUCUUUGCAACCUGAAGAGUCUAUACCGGUUUCGGGGAUUUUUUUCCCUCAUCAGUAGUCCCAUAUCCUCUUCUCUCCAAUUCAAACAGGUACCUCGAUCUAUGCCUUCCCAGAUUGCAAAGAAAGAAAUGCCACGGAUAUCGUAGCGACAUCUGCUAAGAAACAAAUUAAGUUCUCAAUCCAGUAGUACAGAAAACGACAAUGCAGACCUGUACUACUGGAUUGAGAACUUAGUUUGUUUCUUAGCAGAUGUCGCUACGAUAUCCGUGACAUUUCAUUCUUUGCAAUCUGGGAAGGCACAUAUCGAGGUACCUGGCUCGGUUGAAUUGGAGAGAAGAGGAUAUGGGACUACUGAUGAGGGGAAAAAUCUCCGAAUCGGUAUAGAUUCUUCCUGCACUCUCCGAUUUAACUAGAGUAUAAUGCUGCUGCAUUUUCAGGUUGCAAAGAAAUUGAAAAUGUUUAUACAUUUUUCAUUCAUCUAUUCUUUUGUGGAGUACUUAGGAAACCUUCUCCUUGGAACUUUACCAGGCUGAGCAGAUGGGACGUGAAUGAUUUAAAAUUCCCUCAUCUUAAUGUUCGCCUCGGCACGUAUGACUUAUAAUUUUUGAAAGUCGCAGAGGUAGUAACCAGAGAGUUUCCAUCUGUUGUCAAUCUGGUGGUAUGAGAACAAUAUUUAUUGUCGUUUUCUGUACUACUGGAUUGAGAACUUAGUUUGUAUGUUUACAACCCUCUUAAUUAAGCUAACUGAAUGUCCAUUUCGGGUAUACUUAACUCACAGAAUCUAUUUAUUCGUUGACAGUAAGUUAUAUUCUUCCAUCAGUAAAGAUCCAAAUGUCUCGAGAACUGGGUCUCUUAAAUAAUUCAGAAUCGUUGAAAAUCUAUUGGUUCGUUGGCAAUCAACUCUAUUUUUAUGACUUUAGUUCCAUCAGUAAAAAGCCAAAUGACCCGAGACCCUAGUCUCUUAAAUUAUUCACACCUGUUGAUCUAGACCUUCAAAAAGAUCCGUGUUUCACAUGACUAGUCAGAACAGUCAUUAGGAUAUGAUAGUCAAAAAAGAACUGGUCUUUUUUACCAACGCAGUCGACAUGAAAGAUAUUUUGUAUAUAUGCUUGCUAUACCUGUAUUUAACUCAGCGCAACUGUUUUAAAACAACAGUUCAAAACUAGUCUCAUUCUCAUCUGCAAUCGGUUUACAACCUAAACGAAACCUGUCUUCGCUCACGGGAUGAAUGGUUCUGGAUCAGUUGUUUAUUUAUUUACAUGUUUAGUUCCGAUGAGGACAUGAUUACUAUAACUACUGAGGGUUUUGUAUAGUUCAUAGAGAAUACUGGAUCCAUCCCUACUUUGAAAAGAAUGCAAAAUCUCGCCUAUUCGUAGCAGUAAAAGAACAGUCUCAUACUGAUUCAUUGCAUUUAUAGAAUCUAGACAUAUUUACAUCAGCUGCCCACUUUUUUGAGAAUUUCCAAACUACACUCAUAAUAUACUAAAAAAAUGACAAUAUAUGUAAAAAACUGAUGUUUUAUUGUUUCCAUUUGAAGAGUUUGCGUUUGUGUUUACUCUCUUCUAAUGCUAUGCGCACAUGAACAAAUUUGCAAGUGUAAAUGAAAGUGCAAACAAUUUUAUUUUAUCGACCAAUGUAUCUCUAUGAAGAUGCGCGCAGAACGAUUUCUUCUUCUUUUAGUGUUGUCUCCCAUCAUCACUAUCUUUACUCUAUCUACUGCUGCUCUGUAGAGUUCUCUAGAAAUACAUUUAAACCAGUCCCUUAAAUUCUUCAACCACGACACUCACCUUCUUCCUAUACCUAUACUCCUUCCUUCUCUUUUUCUUUCCCACUUCUAACUUCACUCCUUUGGUGGCAUUAUCAAGGUGAGAACGGUAUGUCCGUUUAAUUUAUGAACUCCAAAUACAGGGUGUUAGUAAAUAAGUAUAAAAAAACAUUAAGGGCUAAUUCUACAUCAAAAAAUAAUGGCGGUUUGCUUUAUAAACAUAUGUCCGCAAAUGCUUCGUUUCCGAGAUACGGGGUGUUGAAUUUUUUUAUUUCAAACUGCUAAUUUAUUUAUUGCUCUAAGACCGGUUGACAUAUGAAAAUGAAAUUUGGUGAGUUUUAAGAGGUAGUUAUUGCCCAUUUUUUGACAUUCAAUUAAGAAUUUUGUGUUCAUCUUUGGCGCGCAUACGGGUAAUAGUCUGAAUUAAAAAAAAUAGUACGCCACUGAGAUAUUUCAAAUUAAAAAUUAUUUUUAAACUCCACGUUUCAUUUUUGAUAAAAAAUCUUUUUUGCCUUUUUUCACAUGGUGCACCGUUUUUAUGCAGAAAAAUAUUACAUCUUGACGCGUAUUUUUCAUUUCUUAAUACAUUAUCAAGAACUAUCCAAUAGAAUAAUACUAAACUAGAACAAUAACAGAAAAUAUUACAAAUAAGAUUUUAACUUGGUGCAAAGCUGCAAGAAAUGUUUAAAAUUAUCUCGUUUGCAGAUAACAGAAGAAUUUUAUAUUCAUCAUUGGCGCGCGUACGGGUAAUGGUCCGAAUGUUUUUAAGAAACAGAUAGUACGCCACUGAGAUAUGUCAAACGAAAAAUCAUUUUUGAAUUCCUCGUUCAAUUUACGACAAAAAAUCUUUCUUGCCUUUUUUCAUACGAGGCGCCGUUUUUAUACAAAAAAAUAAAACAUCUUAAUGCUUACAAAGUAUUUGAGGUAGUUUCAGUUUUAAUAUGCAUAGAAACUUAGUUCAAAUACUUUGUAAAUGUUAAGAUGUUUUAUUUUAUUUCAUAAAAACGGCGCCGCAUAUGAAAAAAGGCAUGAAAGAUUUUUUGUCGUAAAUUUAACCAGCAAUUCAAAAAUGAUUUUUAAAUUGACAUAUCUCAGUCGUGUACUAUUUUUUUCCUAAAAAAUUCAGACCAUUACCCGUACGCGCGCCAAUGAUGAAUAUAAAAUUCUUCUGUAACCUCUAAAGGAGGUCAUUUUUAACAUUUGUUGUAGCUCUGCACCUAGUUAAAAUCUUAUUAAUAUUUUCUGUUAUUGUUCCAGUUUAGUAUUAUUAUAUUGGAUAUUUCUUGAUAAUGUAUUAAAAAAUGAAAAAUAUGCGUCAAGAUGUUUUAUUUUUCUGCAUAAAAACGGUGCACCAUAUGAAAAAAAGGCAAAAAAGGUUUUCUAUCAUAAAUUAGACGUGGAAUUUAAAAAUAAUUUUUAAUUCAAAAUAUCUCAGUGGCGUACUAUUUUUUUCUUUAAAAAAAUUCAGACCAUUACCUGUAGGCGCGCCAAUGAUGAAUACAAAAUUCUUAAUUGUAUGUCAAAAGAUUCACAAUAACUACCCCAAAUUUCAUUUUCGUAGCUUAACCGGUCUUAGAGCAAUAAAUAAAUUGGCAGUUUGAAAUAGAAAUUUCAACACCCCAUAUCUCGGAAACGAAGUUUUUGCGUACAUACUUUUAAAGAGCAAACCGGCAUUAUUUUUUGAUGUAGAAUUAGCCCUUAAAGUUUUUCAUACUUAUUUACUAACACCCUGUAUAUUGGUUAAGCAAAGCCAUAGGAACUUCAGGCGAACUCCGGAUAAAGGAUAAUACAGAUAACUUUAAUUUUUUAAAACUGGUAACAAUUAAAGAUAAUUCAAAACUGACUAUUUUGCCCAAAAGCGUUUUCUGGAACUAUGAAAAUAGUAAAAGUAUAAUAAAAUUAACCCUACCUAAGCAAUCAGCAAAGCAUGUGUAAAUGACCAAUUGCAAAAUUGUUUAUGUGCGCCAAUCAUAAUAAAUUUUAAUCCACUGACAAUUUGUAUAGACUGUUCAUAUUAUAAGUUUUAUCAUAAACUAUUAAUUUGUAAAUUUGUAUAAAAUAGCUUUAAUAUUCAACCACGGUUAGUAAUCAUUUGUGGAUUUAGUUUUCUGAGUACAAAUAAUACCGACCUUCCAUUUUGUAAUCAGUCUGUGGUUUACUAACCAGUAACUCCAGUCAUGUAUUCAAAAGAUAUGUAACAUCUUUAUCAAAUCUCCAGAUGAUUAUUAUAAACUAAUAUAUAGGGAAAAAUGAAAAUGUCUUUGUUAUUAGAUUUAGUUCAUUUAAUAAAACUCGUUUUUACACUGACAA